GUCAAAGCAUGCAUGGCGGCACGCGAUUUGGCCCAAAGGCCCAAAAAUUCCCCUUCAAAUUGAACUUUAUAGGACUUACAGUACAAUAAUUUGCUUCUUCAAUUGAAGAUUAAUAUAUCCUCCUUCGAGGAAAAACAUUUUUAGACUAGAAUUUGUGAAUUAACGUGGUCAAGUUACGAAAAGUCGGGAGUAUGUUGAAAAUUGUACGCCAGUGUCUUCGACUUCAGUAGCAGUUGUAAGAGGAUUCGAAUUUGACGCGAAAGACGCGACAGUGGUAGCGAGGGCAUCCAGUUUAUUGAUUUGGAUAGUCGUAGCAAGAGUUUUGCUUGGAGCUAACAGCUCGAAGAAGAAUUCUAUUGCUGCUUGGAUCUUUUUGGAUACAAAAUGUCGGGACGACCUAAACGUGGGCCUGGUAGACCAAGGACUGUUGAUUCAGGGAUGUCACCAACUCGCUGUCUUCCUCCUGCUUCACCUUUGACUCCAGAUUCAGAGGAGGGAUUUGUCAUCAAUGAAUCGAAGUCUAGAACAAGAGGAAGACCAAAGGGGCCCAUCAAAAAGACAAGAGUUAAUGCCCAAAGUAAACUGAAGUCUCCAAUCCGUGCUUCACACAGUUCAUCAAGUAUAGAAAGCUCCAAGCUUGAUUAUGGUUAUGAUUUUAAGAAGGAAGCUGCCUAUGCUAAUGCUGUUGAUGCCAUGGGACUACCAUUAGCUCCUGAAAAUAUACCACGUGAUGACUUUAUACCUGAGGACAAGCUGUGUGCAUUUUGCUCUUGUGGUCCAGAAAGAAGGAUGUAUCAGGGAAAACUGCAACUGUGUGCACCAACUCCAGGUUUCAAUCCAUUCAAGAAAGCCGCCGCAAACCGUCAAAAACAAAAUUCGACUCCAGAGCCUUACUGUUCUGAGCCUGCAGACACAGGGAAGGAAGCCAUUGACGAUGUACCACAACCUCCACCAAUGGUACAUCGUCGAGGACCAGGAAGACCACCUGGUAGAGGUAGAAAGAAAGGUUCGGUGGUAAUAGGCUUACCUUUUCGGAAUAAUGGACAGGCAUUGACUGCUGAUAAGUUCAUGUUUGGGUCAACACGAGAGAGAGAUGUGACCGAGGUAUUUGAAAGCGAUGGCUCUGUGUGGGCUCACCACUGUUGUGCUUCGUGGAGUGUUGAUGUCUGCCAGCUUGACUCGUACGACUUUGUCAACGUUGAUAAGGCUGUCCUUGCUUCGUUAACAGAGCGAUGUGCACAUUGCAAUCGUUAUGGUGCUAGUGUUGUCUGUCAAGUGCCAAAAUGUGGGAAGACCUAUCACUAUCCAUGUGCAGCAAGUGCGGGAGCAUUCCAGGAAAUCCAAUCUAUGACAAUGCUGUGCCCUGAUCAUUUAGAAGAUGCUGGCCGUCUUGGGGGUGUGGAAGCUCAGUGUUAUUUAUGUAGUGAAGCUAAAGAUUUCUUCGAGAUGUUGUUCUGUACAAGUUGUGGCCGGCAUUAUCAUGGCCGAUGUUUAGAUCCAGCAGUUGAUCCAACUUCUCUUGUGCGCAUGAGUUGGCAAUGUCCAGAUUGUAAAGUGUGUCAGGGUUGCAGGCAACCUGGGGAUGAUAAUAAAAUGUUAGUUUGUGAUCUGUGUGACAAGGGCUACCAUACAUAUUGUCUUGAGCCACCCAUGACGACCAUACCAAAAACAGGCUGGAAGUGUGUGGGCUGCCGUAGGUGUGAGGACUGUGGUUCUAAUACUCCAGGCGGUGGUCCAACCUCAAGAUGGCAUCGGCAUUACACAGUAUGCGACAGCUGUUACCAACAAAGAAACAAAGGGUUGUUCUGUCAAAUUUGUAGUCGAGCUUACAGGCAAUUAUCAGAUGUUGCAAUGGUACAGUGUGAUGCAUGUGAGAAGUGGUUGCAUGCUGAAUGCGAUAAUGUUACUGAAGAUGCAUACAGGAGAAUAACAGCCAAGAAAAUGAGUUAUUUUUGUCCACAGUGCAAGGAAAACGGUGAAGAUCAUGCGAUUUUAAAUCACAAAAACAGCUUAUCAUUUGAUGUAUCAUCAAUCAACGAUGUCGAUCCAACGAUGUUAGGCAGUGGUGACGAAGAUAAACGUACUCUAACAUCAGCAGCAAUUGGUCGUAUUACACCAUCACCAAUGGAUGAAGACCUGAACCUUAUUCACAGUAGCAUUGUCACUAACAUGGAUGAUUUGCCUGGACUUCGACCUUUUGAAGAUUCAUUGAUGGAUUCACUUGAUAGUGAUAGUAAACUCCCCCUGGAUGAAGAGAUGGAAGCAGUUAUGAAACCAGAGUUAGACAUCUUUGAUCCAUCAACAGGAUUACCAGAAUCUCCGCCAACAUCUGAUCACACAAAUGAACCAAAGGCAUUGCCAGUACCAACCUACCGCCACUUGGGUUUCACGCCACCAAAGACAGGAGGGAAAAGGAAACUGGGACCUAGAUUAAAGUCUAAAACCAAUAGUACACCGGCCAGGAAGAAAGCAAAACAUGGACGACCUGGACGACCACCAACAAAACUGAAGAAACAGGCUUCUGUGCAACCAUCGCCAGGAAAAGAAAACUUGUCUGGUGUUGCCAAUGCUGCUGAUAAUGCUACCAAAGAAGAAGAAACAGAAGGACUACAUACCACUGUUGUGCUGUUCUCAUCUGAUGACAAGUUUACUAGUGAACAAGACAUGUGUCUAUGCUGUGGUAGCUUUGGCAAGGGUAGAGAAGGACAGCUUAUUGCAUGCUCACAGUGUGGUCAAUCCUAUCAUCCUUACUGUGUUGGUGUAAAGGUGAACAAGAUCAUUCUGUCUAAGGGUUGGCGAUGUCUUGACUGUACUCUAUGCGAAGGCUGUGGCAAAGGAAGUGAUGAAGCAAGAUUGUUACUCUGUGAUAGUUGUGACAUUAGUUACCAUACAUAUUGUCUUGAUCCUCCACUGGAAAAAGUACCUCAAGGAGGAUGGAAAUGCAAAUGGUGUGUUUCAUGUUAUGACUGUGGUACUAAAACACCAGGCCAAGAAUGUGAAUGGCAGUCCAACUACACGCAGUGUGGGCCAUGUGCUAGUAAAAUCACUUGUCCAGUUUGUAAUAUCAAGUACAAUGAGAAUGAUCUUAUGAUUCAGUGUCUUCAUUGCGAUCGAUGGCUUCAUGGAUCCUGUGACAAGCUUCUGACCGAAGAAGAAGUUGACAAAGCUGCUGAAUACGGAUAUCACUGUUUAUUUUGUCGUCCAAAAACCAAACGUGCACUUGUGUGCUUGAGUGGUAUGUCCACAUCUUCUACAUCUUCGUCUUCUUCGUCAACUGCACGCUCACUCUCCUCCUUCUUCUUUACCACCUCUGGUACGAAACCACUAGGCCCACCAUCUCCCAGGGCAACUGCUUUACAUCAUUAUCGACCACAGUUUUCAUCAGAGAAUCAUCCACCACAACCUCAGGCAAAGCCAAUACAUCCCUGUCAAAGACUGACCAACCACGGCAUUGUUGAAAUGAAACUAUCCCAUGAUUCUGUGAGAGGAGCUUUAUCAUCUGGUUCCCAUGGCAACACAGAGGUUGACAAUGCUUUCUUAACGGACAGUGGUAUCAAACAAAUGAAUCGGUUGAAGCUACCAGCUUAUAGUCGGAAGAAAGUCAAAGUAAAAGGCAGAGUGAAACCAAAGAAAAUGGGUCUGGCAGGCCUGGAUAAGAUGGAAAUGUUAAGUCCGGAURGUCAGACAGAGCCACUUAAAGCAUUCAACUUUGAAACAAACAUGAUUGAUCAGAAAAACAGCGAKUUUGAUCAAAAACCUGGCCGGUCAAGGAGUGGUUUUCGACCUGGUGUGGGAGGCUUUGUUGUGAAAGGGCGUGGUUCUGGUGCUCGCAAGUUUGUUGGUCGAGGUGCAAAGAUGCCAGGAAGAAAGAAAAGUCAAAUGGCUGGUUUUCAUAGAGGGCCAGGUCGACAGCAUGGUGGAUCCUUUGGUAACACCAAUUUGCCCAACUUUUUCGCCCAGCAGCAGAGUUCYCUAGAAGCCAUAAUGGAUUCAUCAAGUAAUGAAGCUUGGCAAGAAGAUUCCGAUAUGAUGCAAUCGACCCCUUUACAUGACACAUAUCCUGACUGGAUGCAAGAGGCAUUCUUUGGCAAAAACUUACUUCACGUCACCUCUAAGAAGAAGAAACCCAAACAAGAAUCAGUGGCUUCAUCUCAAGAAAGCGACAAAGACCUGAAAGAUGACAAAAGUCAACCCAAGAAACURAACAGCAACCAACCUGGUCAUUAUAAUGUCCCAAACUCCCAGGCAUACCAAUUCUCUGAUGUUACGGGGGAGGGGCAGCUACAUCCUCAGGGUGGACAUCCAGGAGGGCAACAGCAAGUUGGCUUCUCAAGACAAGAUCAACCUGGUGCACCACACCAUUCGGUGAUGGGUUUAGAAGGAGGCGAAAACUGGCAUGGAUCAAAUGUUGAAGGGCUACCUGCAGAUCCUUUGGGUCUUUCUGAGGAGUUCCCAAAUCCAGAAGCUUUGUAUCGAAGUUUGGAUAUGCUAACAGAUGAUAUGUCUUCUGCAGACUGCCAGAAUGUUAACAGAGAUCAAGAACAAGCACAUCUCCAGAAUACAUCAUCUCAGCCUACCAAUCCUAUUGUUACCGCACCUUCCUCUCAACCAAACCAAAACCUUCUACAUCCUUCAAAUCGUAACCAAGGUGAUCUUGAUCUACUCUCUGCAUCCAUAGAUACAUUGCCUCAUGUAGACUGCCAAGAAGUCGAAGACAUUUUUGCCGAUCUUGAACUGGAGAUGGAACGACGCGAGUUUUACAGCGGUAUUGGGCCCGGGCAGGGUGGACUACCUCAACAGGUUUCAAGGACUAAUAGUGACGCACCACGUAGUCACCAACCUCAACCAGCGCCUCCACCACCUUAUCAACCUCAACAUCAGGAGGUGCCACCAUUYCAACAAGGCCACCAUCCACAAGGAAUGGAUCCAGCGCUUACUCACUUUGAUGCUAAUGCCCAUCCUGCUGGGUUCCCUUCGUUUGGGCAAGAUCGUGAGAACUUUCCAGGACGGCCGGGUGUGAGACCACAGCAGGCUGGUCUAGGGGGUGGUCCCCAGUAUGGAUUUGACGCAGAGCACGAUUUCACCAAAAGAACUGAUCUCGACUUGGCAAGUGAUUUACCUCGUGAAAGAAGAAGGGCACCAAGUCCUCGAACUGAUCCCAUGAAACAACAGCAAAAAUGGCAAGAAGAUGAGAAGCUAGGAGAUACGGCAACCAUUUCUCCGGUUUUGUACGCUAACCUGGAACACACAAAUUUGCARAAAGAAUAUCCAGACUGGCCAAACAGGUAUAGAGCCAUUGCAAGGYUAUGGCGAAAGUUGUCUGUGGAACAAAGGGAGCCUUAUAGGCUCAAAGCAAGAGACAACCGAGUGCGUUUAAAGGAUCAAGGCAAAAGGCUCUUGCUUGAACAAAGUAAAGAAAAGAGAGGGAAACCUAAUGUUCCAGAUGUACCUGAGUCUCCAGCUUCAGAACCAAUGACUCCCAAUCCAGUCAACCUUAAUGUGAUGCAAGACCCUGUCCCAUCGAAUCAAAUGGAUCAGCAGCAAAAUAUUUUACCGUGUGAUGCUUCAGCAGAGAAGGAUCAGCACAAUAUGCCUGGUCAGCCAAACCCUGGUCCAUUCAUUCAAGCGGGAUUUCCGCAGGUGGCUCAUUCGCCCCAAUUUCAACAAGAGCAGCCACGAUGUGCAACACCAUUGACACCUAUGUCAAUAAGUGGUACAACGCCUCCAAUGACACCAACUUCUUUUACACCAACCUCGCCUUUGUUUGCCUCGCCGAGAAUGAACGCUAUGCCUGGAGGAAAGGGAACUAAAACUUCUAAAUCCAAAAAGACGAAAGAAGAUAAAGAGAAAGAUAAAGAAAAGAGGAAGCAAAAGCUGCUGAUUCAACAGCAACAAGAACGCGAAUGGAAAUURCUGCAACAAAGAAGGCAACUAGAGCAACAAAGACAACAGCAACAGUCGCAACAAGAAACCAACCUUUUACGCCAGGAAGUCAAGCGUACACAGCAAGUUAAAGGGCUGAGAGCUCUGGAAGAUAAAAAGAAAAAGUCGCCACAGCAGAAAAUGGUAAAGAAGCCACAAGAAUUUGUUAUGGGCGGUAGGACUGACAGUCAUGAUUCUUUUACCUCAAAUGAAACUCCUCAGCAGUCGCCUGCUGUGUCAAUUCACAGUGAUGAUUCAUUGCCUUUGAUGAAUGCACCUCCUAUAGAUACACUUGAGUCUGUCCACGUCAUGAACAAUAGUAGAGACAGAAGGGCGUCCUUACCGAACUUGGCUAUGUCACAACAUGGGCUUGAGAACGUGCGACCUCUAUCGCCUAUAGCAAACACUCAAGAUCGCCAACUUGUACGAUCAUUAAGUCAGCAACCUUCACAAAGCUCAUGGAAUGAUUGGAGUAAUGAUGCAUCAAAGCRAGAUCAAGGCAAUGCAUUGUGGUCCAACACACUGCAACAACCACAACCUAUGAAUGAGCAAAACAAGACCAACUUCUCACAUGCAGGUGUUGUUAGGCAAAAUGCUCGACACCAAGCAUCUGAUGAUAGUUUUAUGCCUCAACAGAGUUCGCAGCAAUUGGCAGAAGGCGCUCAUGGUGAUCCAUUUCAAUCUGACCAACAGUGGAAGUCCAGUGUUCCUGAUCCACAAGACCUGCAAAUGACGUCUGGUGUACCUAAACAGACCAGUGGUCCCAACAACUCGGUGCAAAUGCCUCAUCAAGAACACCCUCAGGCUGAUAUGGAUAACAUGGCGUUUCAUCAGCAAACAGUGGUGAAUGAACAACAGGCUAUUGCGCACAAGCAACAAGACAUUCCUCAUCAAUGGCACCCUGAAAUGCACCCAAAUCACCCACAGRCAGUUCCUCAAGAUCAUAUGGGUAUGAUGCAGCAGAAUGUUCCACAGCAACAACAGACACCCCUUAUGCCUCAGAAUCAAGGCCAACCACGACUACAACACCCAGACCUUUCUCGUCAACAAUCGUUUGAGUUUCCAGGCUGGCAAGAUAAUUCGUCAGGACCUACACCYAUGACAUUUCAGCAGCCACAAAUGCAGCAGGCACCACUCCAACAGCAACCACAUCAACAAGCACCAAUGCAGCAUGGCCCUCCACAGCCAAUUCAACCCGUACAGCCUUUGACAUCAAUGAACAACACUUCACAGAGCCUUACUAUCCAACAACAAACACAACCAGGAAUUUCACAAGUUCCUAUUCAGCCAGGUCCACCUCCUCCCCCUCCACCACCUCCAUUGCCACCCCAACAACAUGGUUCAAACCUGCCUAUUUCAAGACAACCUCCUGCAGACGAACAACAACAGCAGCAACAACUUGAGAUGCUCCAAAAGCAACAAAGAGAACAGCUUAUGAGAGCACAGCAACAGCAGUUCUUUCAAAUGCAAAUGCAGCAACAACAGCAUUUGUUACAACAGCAACAACAACAGCAGCAACAACCUCCACUGGCAGUCCAACCACCUUUUGCAAGACCACGAAUGAAUCAGGUUAUUAAUACUAAAGAUAUGCCGGAAAUCGAAAGUGAAGAGGAACAUCAAGAACGACUGCGAUUCUUGUACAGACAGCGUCAAUUACAAAAACAACACAUGCAGAUGCAAGCACAACAGAGCAUGUUCCAGCAGCAGUGGACGGGACAGACCGUGAUGCCUGGUUUGGUACCAAAUGAUCCUGGAAAUCCCCAGGGAAUGCCACCUAUUAGACCGCAGCCCACACCAGAUAUGAUGCAACAGCAGCUGUUAAUUGAAUAUCAAAGGAGAAUGAAUCAGCGUCAUGAUUUGGGCCAGCAAACACUUCAAUUUGAUAAGGUCAUUCAAGAUCUUCAGCAACAGCAAGGAAUGCCAGGACCAACGGGAAAUCAACCGCAGCCCCCUUUUAUGGAGGUUUCGCACCAACGUUUUGCGUUAAGGCAUCCAAACCCUGGUGUUCAAACUGCUCCCAUGGGCUCAAUUGUUCCAGGUCAAGUGCCGAUGUUCGGUGUGGAUGGUCAGCAACUUUACAGAAUGCAGAUGCAGCAACAAAUGAUCAUGCAGCAGCAACCACAUCAGAGACUUCUAAUGCAGAAGCCGAAUGCCCCACCAAAUACUGCACCUAAAGAAGGUUUGCUUGAGAAAGAUCCCCGCUCUACACCUAGUAAAAGUCAGCCACUGUCAAAGCGCAGCGAGUCUAGUGCAAAGGGUGUUGAAGAAGCAUCUGAGGUGACCAAAGAUGRCAAAGGAAAAUCGAAUGAAACAACUGCCAAUAAGGAAGCAAAAAAUGUUGUGAGUGAACUGGAAAACGAAAAUCGAGAAGUCAAAGAUGAACCAUCCAGUGGUACUGAUGCAGAUAACCAAAAAGAUGGAGAUGUUCCCUCAGCGAGAGAACUGGAUGUAACCACAGAAAAAUCAGUUGAUGAUUCUUCAUUGCAGCCCAGCGUAGAAUUCCACUCUGUAGACGGYCAUUCUGAUGAAAAGGCUUCUCAAAAUGAUAACAUCAUAGACAAGCCUGGAAAUGAUGACCAAGUUGAUGAACACAUUGAUAAUCAAGAAGAAAAGAAAGGGGAGAACGAAAACAUGAAUGAUGGAAACUCCCUUGAAUUAAAGAAGGAAAGUUCAGCUGUAAUGAAGAGUACAACUAAUGAUGAAGUUGCUAAAGGCGAUAAUAUCAGUAAAGAGCAAGAUCUUAGUGUGUCUGAAGAAACGUCCCAACCCAAAGCAACCACCGAAGAAAAUGCCCCAUCUGUGUCUGGAAAGCAAGCAACAGUAAAUCAACAACCAAUCACUACUCGACCAAAACCCCAAGAACCUUCAGGAACACAACAGAUUCAGCCUCCUCCUGUAUCGGCGCCUCAUUCCACAUCUUUAGCGCCAUCUUCGAACCAGCAACAAGCUAUUCACCAGCAACUGGUUGCUACUCAGCAGAGGUUUUUCCAAAUGCAGCAACAGCGUCAAAUUAUGAUGCAACAAUAUCAGCAGCUCCAGCAACAACUCCAGCAGAACCAAAACGAUCCAAUGAUUGGUGCACAGUUGAUGGGUCUACAACAGCAAGGCCAGUUCCUUCAACAGAAUAUGCUGCAGGCAUGGCAGCAAAUGCAGAUGCUCCAGCAACAAAUUCAGGCAUCGGGGGGAUUUCCACCUCAGCAGGUGAUGCCGCAGACCUCUAUGCAGGGUCCCUCUCCAGGGCCUAUACAAGGUCAACAGUGGCAAGGACCCAUGCAAGAUCAGCAGCUUGGAAUGAUGCCACAGCAUCCAGGAAUGAUGAAUAAACCAGGAAUGAUGGCUGGACAACUUAUGCACCCGGAUGGAUCACCAUCUCCUAAACAGGAGAAGCCAACUAAGAAGACCAGAAGAUCUCGUGCUAAAAGCAAAGAUACAUUUGUACCUCAACCACCUUUACAAGAUUGGAUGAAUCCUCAACCUGCACCUACCAAACCAAAAGGAAAAGGAAGAAAAGGCAAAAAGCAAGCUCAGGAGGAACAAUUUCAAGAUCCAGAACUCCAACUUCAACAACAGCGAUUGCGGCAGCAGAUAUUACAACAAAUGGAACAGAGACACCGGAUUGUUCAGCAACAGCAGCAGCAAGGUAUCGGUCGGGAAAACCCUGGCAUGCUUAACCAUCCCGAGAUGUCUGGCUCACCUCAUGAUCUAGGUCCACCAACACCUCAGUCUAUGGAUGGUGUCACACCUCAACCAAUCGGUCAUCCUAACCAACCUCCACACUCCUAUGCACCAACUCCAGCUUGCUCUGCGGCAAACAAUGCCCCACAAGUAGGUGACCCACAUUUGAAUCAACAAAUGAGUUCUCCUUCCAUGGGAAUCAUGACACCUGAACAAAUCAAUCUGUCCACUUCACAGCUAAUGAAUAGUGCUCUAGGAUUUCAUGGCAAUGCUACACCGCCUGGACCGCAAGUCAAUCCUGUAAGGCCAACGCCUUUUCCGUCGAGCUCUCCAUCGCUAAAYCAUCCCAUUGGAGGACCGCAUUCGCGAAAUCCUAGACCAAACACGCAGCCUCAACGGUUCCCUACUCCAGAACGAUUUCACAACUUUCAACGACAGCAAGGACCCAAAAAACAACCUGUCGUACAGUAUGUUGCUGAUAACAAUCCCUUCAGCGAUGAUUUCCAAGCUGUACAACAGGAAAAACCACAGCAAAAGAUAUUUCCCAAACAAGAACCAGUUGAUGAUUUGCCUUCGUCAUCUACGAAACCCGAAGCAAAACUGCAACCUCCCACUGUUCCUGACGUUCAACAUAUUUCAUCUCAUAUUCCUACUUUGGAUGUUCCAAACAACAUACCGUCUAUUCAAGACAGCCAGACUUUGAACAGCAAGGAGCCCAUUAUACCCGACAGUGGAGCUAACACACCUUGUGAAACACCUUGCGAGUCCACCGUUGAUGUGAAAUGUGAGAAGAUCGAUGAUUCAAGCAGCGCUGAUAACCUUUCCAGCGAACARUCAACAGAACUUUCGAAUACAGAAAACAAGAAAGGAGUUUCCAGUCAAGCCCUUCAGAAGUUGGAAUCUAUGGUGGCUGAUAUGGGUGGAGAGGAAGGAGCUCACCUUCAAGGAGAUGCACUAGACAGUGAAAUGUGCUUUGAUCUGUUUAAUACAAAUCCUGACGAGGAAGUUGCUAAUCUCUGUAGCCCGACAAAUAAAGAUCAACAAAUGAUUUCUUUAUGCAAAUCUAGUUCUCAGGCGAAUUCWGUAGCUUCGCUAGAAUGCCAUGAAGAAGUGCCUUCGUUUGUUUCACCUGUGCAAGAUGGAAACGCUGAUAAGUCGGACAACAAAGACAUCUCUCAGGGCAACUCUCCUGCUCCGCAAUUAUCUGAAAAUGUUCUYGAAGAUUCAUCCAACCUUGAGGAAGUAUCAUUGCUACCUAGCGCGAAUGCUUCAGUUCCAAGCGAGAACACUAAUAAUUUAAAUGGACAGGAAAACGACUCAUUCGAUGUGGGGAGUGAUAUGAAUCAAAGUCAAUCUUUAUCGUCAUCAGAUUUGAGAACUGCUAUAUCCACGGAGUCCAUCUUAAGUUCUCAAGAAAUCCAUCAUCAGUCAAUAGCAUCAUUAUCAUUAGCAUCAGAUAAAUCCACUGUAACAUCUUCGAUCGUGUCAGGAGCUGACGUUACCGUCUCGUCUGUAUCGUCUGGCGUACUAGGAGGCCAUCUGCAGUUACCAAUGGAGUCCAGACCCACUGAAGGAGAUAUGGCUCUGCUUGGUCAGUUUGCCACACAACAAACUGAAUCAACGUUCAGCAUGAGCCAAACAAGUCAAGAAAUUCCAAGUCAUCAACCAGAUCACGGUGCAAUGUUACUGUCGGGAAGAGAUCCUAUGCUCGGUGCUGCCAAUCCAAUGCUAUCUAGCAGUAGUAGCAGCAGCAGCAGUACCAACACCGCCAUGCUCAACCCUGCGCCUACACAAAAGUCUCCUUCCAAGGCUAAGACUAAAGUCAAGCGAAGCAGAGCUGAAMCGAAAACACGCGAGACAUUGAAGGAAGAAGACAUCAUCAAACGAACAUUACAAGAAGCAAGACGGCAGGAGUACGAGAGAAAGAAACGCGAAUACGAGGAGCAACAGCGCAAGAAACGAGAGUUGCAGAAAGAACUACGCCAACAAAAAGCCAAGGAAAAAGAAGAAAGAAAACGUCAACGACUAUUGAAUUCCCCCAGCAAGUUAAAAUCCAAGGAAAACCACGUGCAAAAGCUGCGCAAAGGUGACAACGACUUAGCAGUCAUUACUAAAGAAUCGUUACCUUUGUGUGAACCAAAGCUUAUAUUGACGCACGCAUUGAUGCAUCCUUACGGAACGUCACCGUUUAACGGGCAGUGUUCUUUGAAGGGCGCUCUUGGGAACGCUCAUGUCGAUAAUACUCACGAUUAUUACGCAAAAUUCCCCACGCCAAGCCUUGAGCUAGUUUUGAAAAUCAACCAACAAAAGAACCUCGUAAACGGUGAUAUCGGCACUGAUGGGCUUGACACAAAAGAUUUCAUCAAAUUCCGUGAAAGUGAUUUGCCUAUUAAAAGAGCACGGCACGCUGUCAACGAGAUCGUUUCAGGCGCUCCAUCGUCGGGACUCAGUAAUAUGAAUUCGUUAUCAUCAUCACCAGAUACUUUACAAUAUGUCGCAUCUUCAUCUCCAGAGUCUGACCCAGUUAACAAACCUCUAACGCCGAAAUAUUCUGCCCUGGACGAAGUUAACAGAAGUAACAAUGAUUCGCCAGUCUUCACUCCCAUCAACCCUAUUAAUGUSAAAACUGAACGUGUUUUAUCGAAUAGCAGUUGCAGUGGAAGGACUAAUUCUACAACAACAGAUUCAAAAAAGGACAUUGAAGCAGUAACGUCUAGUAGAAUGGGACCGUCACUUGGUUUAGAUCAAGAUAUUGAUGACUUAGAUAGUAUAAAUGUAACCUUAACGCUUUCUCCGACUUCGGAAAUACGGGUUUCGGAAACCGUUGCUUCCGUCGCGGAGCUGAUAGGAUGUUCUCCGCCGAGACCUUCGGACAUUGUUAUAGAACCAUCUUGGAAAACUGGGGGACCUAUCKCUACUKCUGUACCUACCGCUUCUGUAGGUGGKCAUGUGUUCUCUCGCAGUGCACAAGGACUCGUCAGUUCGUCUCCGAAAGAAAUCGAAAAUUUACCAAAAUCACCUUAYCCUUAUUCUCAAUUCAAUCUCGCUUCGACGAAAUCGGAACCUCAACGGAAGGCUUCUGAUGGACCUUAUUGUAGACAUUGUGAUGUUCUUAUUAUCGGCAUUGGCGUUAUUCGUGGACCUCCGGAUAUGAUCGAUUCKUCUUCGGCAGAGAUUCGUGAAGUCAAACUUGACGAUGCGUCGAAAUCCGACACGAACUCGGGAAGUACGAACUACAAAAUGUAUAGCAUCAAUGUCGAGGCGGACGAGCGRAGAGACUGCUUUUGYUCUGARCCUUGUUUGAAACAAUAUUAUUCUCUACUGGAAGCUGGCCGAUCACGGACUAAGACCGAAAAUCCAGAACAGCAAMGAGAUAACGCAACUGCACAAGGAAAUAUCACGGCUGAUCCUGAACAAGAUCUGCGAGGCUCKGCACAAGCUGAAGGCUUACCAGUAACAUCGAUGGUGAAGAUUMGRCGACCRAGCUGGAAGGAAGAACAGGUGGAYGGCGUAAGUACAUCAAUUGACAUUUUAUGGACCUCUUUUACUUGUUCCUAUAUAUUAUUAUAUUUUUCUAUCAUCCUCUCUGCGUACAUCCUCUCUCAUUCUGAUAGUUUGAUUUUUUUAUCAACGUGCACUUGUUACAGCCUACGAACUAAUGCUCUUUCUUCUCUUAGGAACUUGAAAUGAAGCGUCGAAGGGAAAUCAAAUGGAGAAGGUGGCAAGCAAUCGACUUUGUUCAGAAAGCAAAGGCAGACUUAUCGGCUGAUGAAAUAUCGGAGCUGCUCGAAAAGUACGACGCGGUUUUCAAAUCACAAGAUCUACCAGACGAUACACGGCAAUGCACCUUGUGCUCWGGGACGGGUGAUGGAGAUCCGGAAGGACCGUCGCG